GAACGUUCGCGCUUAUUAAAGGAUGCUGCAUGGGGUCACGGCGCUGCAGUGGCUCUGCUUCCUCUCAUUCCCACCCUGAGCAUGGGCAACUAAAUCAGGACUGAGAAAAAGGGACUAAACAAGAACAUCAAAGGGGGAGUUCUUCAUUCAUCUCCAUUAACAACAACAACAGCAAAUAUAUAUAAAUAUAUUCCAACAGGAGACACUCAGUGGCAGCUUCAUCAUGUCGGCCAAAGAGAGACUUAAAGCCAGCAUGAGCAAAGAGAGCGUCACUCUGCUGCCCUGCUUCUACUUUGUGGAGCUCCCGAUCCUCGCCUCCUCAGUGGUCAGCCUGUACUUUUUGGAGCUGACUGACAUUUUCAAGCCUGUGCACUCAGGCUACAGCUGCAAUGACCGGAGCCUGAGCAUGCCCUACAUCGAUCCCAACAAGGAGGUUGUCCCGUUCCUCAUGCUCUUCAGCCUGGCGUUCGUAAUUCCAGCAGCCACGAUUAUGAUUGGAGAAGGCAUCCUGUACUGCUUCCAGGUCAAAAGAAGGAUCAACAUAAAAACCGAAGCCAACAUAAACGCCGCUGGUUGUAACUUUAAUUCCUACAUCCGCCGGGCGGUGAGGUUCGUAGGUGUCCACAUCUUUGGUCUGUGCAUCACAGCCCUCAUCACAGACAUCAUCCAGCUGUCCACAGGCUAUCACGCUCCCUACUUCUUGACAGUAUGUAAGCCCAACUACACCAUCCUCAACACCACCUGUGAUGAUAAUUCCUUCAUCGUGGAGGACAUUUGCUCAGGCUCUGACUCAGCAGCCAUCAAUGCUGGAAGGAAGUCAUUUCCAUCGCAACAUGCCACCUUGGCCGCCUUCGCUGCAGUGUAUGUCUCAAUGUACUUCAAUGCCACCUUAACUGACUCCUCCAAACUACUCAAGCCCCUACUGGUCUUUUCCUUCAUCAUGUGUGCAGUCAUCUGUGGUCUAACUCGCAUCAUCCAGUUCAAAAACCAUGCCAUGGAUGUUUACAGUGGCUUCCUCAUUGGAGGAAGUAUUGCUGUCUACUUGGGUCUGUAUGCAGUGGGUAACUUUAAACCCAGCGAGGACACAUCUCUCCGCCAGAGACCACGUCCACAGCAACGUCCUCAACCCCCACCCAUGCAGAUUCCGCCCCAGCCUCAGCCGAUCAUGGCUCCUCCUCCCCUCCGUGAGCCCUUGCGUCCUCUCCCCAACCUUAAUACAGAGCCCCCACGCCUCCUCCAGGCCAAGAGUCUGAGUGUAAGGGAGCGCCCAACUUCAGCUCGUUCGGAAAGCAUCCUGCUUAGAGGACCUCAUCGUGACUCUUCCUACAGCCUCAAGAGGGCCAGCACUGAGCUGGAAUGUAUCACAGCAGCUAGCCUGUGCCAGGAUAGCAUGGUGACCUUUAGCAACACGCUGCCUCGUUCACACUCUAUAGGUGCGGAUGAACCAAUACCACGACGCCACGCUGCCAUCCAUGCUUCCAUGGACUCCACAAGAUCUAAGCAAUUGCUCUCACAAUGGAAGAGCAAGAAUGAGAACCGCAAACUUUCUUUCCAGGCUGGAGAGGGUCCUGAUGGGGGCAUGGAAGUACGCUGCAGCUCUGAACCCACUGCCAUGGGUCUGGACGGGCCACCUGGACAGUAUAUGAAAAUGGCUGCCAGCGUCGUGCCGUUGCCAAACCACAAUGGUGGAGGUGGCGGUGGAGCCAGGGUGUCCAUCCAGUCACGGCCAGGCUCAUCACAGCUAGUUCACAUUCCUGAGGAGACACAAGAGAAUGCAUGCUCAUCUCUGCAGGAGGACAGUGAGGAAAUAAGUGAUGGUGGUGGAGGAAUGGUCGAAAACGCGAGGUCAAAAUGGAUGAAGAUGGCGGAGAAGAGCGCACCCUGCAGGACUAACAAUCAGCCACGGAUAAUGCAGGUGAUCGCCAUGUCUAAACAGCAGGGCAUGAUUCACGGAAGCCCCAAGAGUGAGGGCAGUGCUGUCAGCCGCACAGGAUCCUUCCGUUACAAGGCACUGACAGAGCAGGACUCUGGAAUAGGCAUUGUACAUGUCGAUGCGCACCCUGAAAACAGAUCCAAUUCAGAUGCCGGUGGCUCCUGGAGGUGGAAGCCACCACCAGAGCGCGUCAGCAUGCGCCAAUGCUUCGAGCUCAACGAUCUCAACAGGAACUCCGAGAGCUGUGAUUCGCUUAAGGACGGCUCUGUUCCUGACAUAAGCAACCCUCAUCAUCCACACUUUCACCAUCACCAUUUUCACCACCCGCACCAACACCCACAGGCCAUCACCACCAUUCGAGUGACACCUGUGGAGUCGGGCAGUGAAGCUGAGGCUGCCUCUGAAACGCUCUCUCUUGCCUCCAGCCGUGACUCCACCCUGCGCCGCAAAAACGUCAUCCUGCUACCUGACCGAGGCCCGAGUCCAGACAAUGCCAGGAAUCUGCCGCACUUUUUCAAAGGAUCCCCUACGCCUCCUCCCACUGUGACGUUUAAAGAGUGAACUCAAGCUCGUUCCAUCAUUUUGUUCCGGAGUGGCCUUGCUCUCUUACCUGACUCACAGUUCUCUAGAAGGACAAACCGGAGUCACACUGGAUAUACAGUAUAUUCCCUUUUCACCUGCACUGGCUCCCUCCAAAUUUGUAAGGUGGCGUUAUGUAUUUUCAGAUUUUUUGUGAUGUACUAUGACAUUGAAAAAGCACAAAUGUUCUUUUUUUUUGGUGACUCUUUCGCAAGAGUGGUUUUGUGGUUUGACCAAUUACACUUUUUAUAAUGAUUGAUGCUAUGAUAAAUGAGGAAAUGUUUUGUCACAGAUAGUGUUCACUACCUAGCCAGUGCUUUUUUUUUUAAACUCUGAUAGUGUUUAAAGGAUAAGUGUGUUGUCUUACAUGGCAACACGUGGGUGCUUUUUGAAAAGUAGUUUCAUACCUUAUCCAUUGUGUUGGUAUAUUUUUCUAAGUGUAAACAUUUUUAAUGGAACACAUGAUUCAACAUCAUUAUUACACCACUGCUAAUGGCUAAUAAUUAUCCUGCAUCGUGUUAGCCAUUCUGUGUUCAGUGAGGGACGAGGUCAAUGCUUUUUGACUGCACUGAGAAAGGGCUUGCCUUAAAGCAGGUGUCGUAGUGCUGUAGAUGAGUUUCAGGCACAUUUCAUUUUAACCGUGGAUUUAACUACAUUGUCAAUACAUUCACAGUAGGACUACACAUCAUAUUUUGUAAUUAAUUCAUAUUUACAUUUUUUGAUUUAUUUUUUCCAUGUUGUUUUGGAAAUCCUGGUUUGUUCCUCAGUUGUGGUUUGAGCGCAGAUGUAAAAUUGCUGUUUCUUGCUUUGGGUUAAUGUGCUGAAUAUUUUACACACGUUCGUGCUGAAUUUGUUUUCCUCUUCCCUGCUUUUUACCUGCCAUGCUGAUCCUCCUUCCCCUCUACCUACUGUACUGUAUCUAUGGGUGUUUACAAAAAAAAAAAUCCGAGCACCCUUCACAAAGACUCUGGAAGACGUGCUGGGGAUUUAAAACUCUUUGGUUGGUUUUGACACCUGAUUUUUUUAUUUAUUCAAUUUUUUUUUUCUCCAUACUGCAGGAACAUCCUUGUAAUAGUCUUUCGUCAUAGAGUGCCUCGGUGAUUUCCUGCCUGUUUUUGGCUGCAAGCGUCCAAAUGUUGUACAGUAUUUCCUUAAAAUGGUGCAAAAUUAAGAGACACCCUGGACACAUUUAGACGCUCUCCUUGAGAUGGAUUCUGUUGCUUUUUAUGGAUUUUUUUAUUUAGUUUUUUUUUUUUUUUUUACAGGUAUUACUUGCUAGCAUUUUAAAUGCAGUGUUUUGCCAGAGAAAAUACCAUAUUUUCUGGAAUUUUUAUUUGAAUGGCCAUUUCUUAGUGCUGAACAGUACUACAACUGUAGACAGGGUAGUUUCCAACCAUAAAAUUGCCACUAACACACCAUUAACGAUCCGUGAGUCAUGCAUCUGUGUAAACAUUUAUUUUGUCAUCUGUAAGCUUAUUUAGCUCGUGAAAACGGCAGCAGGAACAUUUUGAGAAAAUGAUCCAAAACAUAAAAAGGAUUUAGCUUUACUAGAUGAAAUCAGCAUUAUAAUAACAACUCUUUACGCACUAUAAAAGACAACCGCAAACUUCUUCAAACUCAUUUUGUGUUUAAUAGAAGGAAAAGACAGAAUUGUUGCAAUG